UUUAGCUCAACUCUAACAUCGGAAAGGAACCCUUUACAAAUCUGUUCCGAUUGUAAUGCAACAUAUUUCUGUGUUGUCGAAGGCUUUCGUGACCGGAAUCACUGGGUUGCUGUGGUUUUUCUGGACUGUAUGGCCAUGUUCCAGAAGCAUUCUCUCCUGACGUUUCGCCCACAUCUGUUGCCAGCAUCCUCAGAGGUUAUGAGGUUUAUUGGAAACUAGUCAAGGGAGGUUUGUAUACCUAUGAAAGGUCCAGGGUAGGAGAAAGAACUCUUAUCUCUUGGAUGCAAGUGUGAAUGCUGCAAUUAAUCACCUUGAUUAGCAGGAAUCCUUUGUUGGGAGGUGUUCCUCCUUCAGCAGAGAGGAGGAAACCAUGAAAAUGAACAAAAUCUGGCUACCAGUAUUUUAAAAACCCUAUAAUCAGGACAGUUAAUAAAUAAUAUCACUUUGAAAACAGGAGAAUUGCAGUCAGAAAACAAUCAGGGCCUCCUAACAAAGAAUUCCCCCUGACAAAAAUCAGACAGGCCUUGAAGCUGCAAGGCUGUUCAGUGCUAGUCAAGGCAAUUAAUUGCAACGUUUACACUUGCAUCCAACAAAUAAGAGUUCUUUCCCUGGACCUUCCACAGAUAUAUAAACCUCCCUUGCCUAGUUUCCAAGAUAAUGCUUCUGGAACAUGGCCAGACAGCUCAGAAAACUCACAGCAACCAACCAUAUUUCUAUUUUUUUUAAUUUAAAAAUCACCUGCAAAUAGUUUUGGCACAAUAAGGUUCCUUUUUAAAACAACAGCUAAGUGAUUUAGUCAUGGCAUUGCUUAAAAAUUCAAGUUGGUUGUUGUUACUUUUGAAAUCAUAAUGGUGCAUCACAAAUGUUACAGAAGGAUAGGACAUGGUUUUAGAGAUGGUAGAUGUGACAUUUCAGCUGGAACUCACACUUCUCCUAAUCUGCAGAGAUUUGUUUUGGUCGCUAGUCAUAAACAUCAUGUUGACAGUCUUUUACGAGAUUCAUAGAAGAAUAGAAUCAUAGAAUUGGAAGAGACCACAAGGGCCAUCCAGUCCAACCCACUGCCAUGCAGAAGAAUUAAGCAUAAGAGGCAACAAAUCAAUCAGUGUCUUUUGUUUUCCACAAAUAUUUGUAUACAUCUAUAUCCUUGUAUUAUGCCUGGCAAUCAAAUCCUUUACUUCCUAUUUUUAUGGCUCACAGGAACUUGAAGUUUUCACUAUCUCAUGCAGCAAUGUUAACUCAAGAGUUCUGCUGAAGUCCAACAUGAAGUGAGGGAAAAGCAGUAUUUGGGUAAGAUAGUACAUCCACAAAACCUUCAGGCCAUUUAUUAGGCAUGGCAAAUAGCAAGCCUGAUAUUCUUGCUAAUUACAAUGAGCUAGAGAGCCAUAGAAAAAUGAGUUACUCAUUGCAUGUCAGAAGUUUUUUUUAAAAAAAGGAAAGCAAGUUGACACAAGGAGUCAAAAAUAUAACAUUUCUUACAUGUUUCCCUCAUUUUGUAGAACAUCUUACUGUUUUUUAAAAACUAUAGAUAAAAAUCAAUGAAAGCAUGAUCACACAGAGUUGCAGCAGUGCAGGAUAUCACAAUCUUUUAAUAUUAUCAGACAUUAAAGAGCUGGGCAUGUUUAGCCUGCAGAAGAGAAGGCUGAAAGGAGACAUAGCCAUGUAUAAAUAUGUGAGGGGAAGUCAUAGGGAAGAGGGGGAGCAAGCUUGUUUUCUGCUGUCCUGGAGACUAGGACGUGGAACAAUGGCUUCAAACUACAGGAAAGGACAUUUCACCAGAACAUUAGGAAGAAUUUCCUAACUGAGAGCUGUUCAGCUGAGAAACUCACUUCCCCAGAGUGUGGUGGAGGCGCCUUCUUUGGAAGCUUUUAAGCAGAGACUGCAUGUGACUUUGAUUGUGAUUUUCCUGCUUCUUGGUCAGGGGUUGGACUGGAUGGCCCACAAGGUCUCUUCCAACUCUAUGAUUCUAUAGGCAGAAACGUCAUUUGCUGCCAUAAAUCACCUCCUUCUGCUGCCUGAUCUCAAGAUCAGCCAGUAAUAAUAAUGUUACAUUUUGUUAUCCACCUCUCCUCACAACUCGAAGUGGGGUGCAACGUAAUUAAAAUACACAGAUAAAAUAUAAUAUUAUUAAAAUACACAGAACAAGAUUAACACCAAUACUUACAACAUUUAUAGUUAAAAUUCAGUCUAAAAUUGAUUGGGUAGGCCUGCCGAAAGAGAGAGGUCUUCUGUUGUGCCUUGAAUUCUGACAGCUGAUUUAGCUCUUUCAGUAGGUCAUUCCAAAAUCUUGGAGCAGCCAAUGAAAAGGUCAUCUGGAUUACCGUUGCCAGUUGGGUUCUGGCUGGCUGGAGUAAGCGUCCCCCUGAGGAUCUAAGUGUCCUAAGAGAGAAGGUUCAGGGUCCUCAGGAUAACGGUUAAUCUGCUGUCAAAACUUUGUUCAGAUAUUAAGAAAAGAUACUUCAUUGUUCAUGGAGUUUUUCAUCAGCAUGUCUGAAACGAUUAAAUAUAAUGACGACGAUCACAAAACUGUGUUUCUGAAAACAUUAAACGAGCAGCGGUUGGAAGGGGAAUUCUGCGACAUAGCGAUUGUAGUAGAAGACGUGAAAUUUAGGGCUCACAGAUGCGUGCUUGCUGCUUGCAGUACUUACUUUAAAAAACUUUUCAAAAAACUGGAAGUUGACAGUUCAUCAGUAAUAGAAAUCGAUUUCCUUCGGUCUGACAUAUUUGAAGAAGUGCUAAAUUACAUGUACACAGCCAAGAUUUCAGUUAAGAAACAAGACGUAAAUUUAAUGAUGUCCUCUGGUCAGAUUCUUGGCAUUAGAUUUUUGGAUAAACUUUGUUCUCAAAAACGUGAUGUAUCUAGUCCAGAAGAUAAUUCACAGUCAAAAAAUAAGUACUGUCUUAAAAUAAAUCGAUCAAUUGCUGAAUCUAAUGAUAACCAAGAUGAUGAGGUUGAGGAAAUUGGAGACCAUGACGAUAGCCCAUCAGAUAUGACAAUGGAAGGAACUCCUCCUAGUCAAGAAGAUGGCAAAUCUCCAACUGCUACUUUAAGAGUCCAGGAAGCAAUUCUGAAGGAGUUGGGAAGUGAAGAGGUUCGAAAGGUAAACUGCUAUGGACAGGAAGUAGAGUCCAUAGAAUCUGCUGAAACUAAAGACUUGGGAUCACAAACUCCACAAGCUCUCACAUUUAAUGAUGGCAUCAGUGAAGUGAAGGAUGAACAGACACCAGCAUGGACAACAGCAGCUGGCGACAUGAAAUUUGAAUACUUACUUUAUGGUCACAGGGAACAGAUUGCAUGUCAGGCAUGUGGUAAAACAUUUUCAGAUGAGGCACGGUUGAGAAAACACGAAAAGCUUCAUACUGCUGAUCGACCCUUUGUUUGUGAAAUGUGCACGAAAGGCUUUACUACUCAAGCUCAUUUGAAGGAGCACCUGAAGAUUCACACGGGCUACAAGCCAUACAGCUGUGAAGUUUGUGGAAAGUCUUUCAUUCGUGCUCCAGACCUAAAGAAGCAUGAGAGAGUCCAUAGCAAUGAGAGGCCAUUUGCGUGCCAUAUGUGUGACAAGGCUUUCAAGCAUAAGUCCCACCUGAAAGACCACGAAAGGAGACAUAGAGGGGAAAAGCCCUUUGUCUGCAGUUCUUGCACUAAAGCAUUUGCCAAAGCGUCUGACUUAAAGAGACACGAGAACAAUAUGCAUAGUGAAAGGAAACAAGUUACAACAACCAGUGCUCUCCAAAGUGAAACAGAACAAUUACAAGCAGCAGCCAUGGCUGCUGAGGCAGAACAGCAACUUGAAAAUAUAGCGUGUAGUUAAGGGUAAAACUACUGUUUAAAAAUGUUUAGUUUGAUAAACUCACUGCUGAGAGAAAUUAUUUAAAAGGACUUACAGAGUAAGAAAUAUCGUUUACAAUUCAUAGCAGACCUACUCCACCAGAAAUAUUCAACAGGAAACAAGGCCUUGAGUUGGGCAACAAAUGAAAAAGCAGAGCCUGAUUUGUAUUUGUUUAUUAACUCUCAAGGUUUCAGUACCUGCCUAUCUCAGUGGAGUAGACUAUGCAUGUGAAGUAAAAGACCUUACACUCCAACGCACAGUGAAAUUAAGAUGAAAUGUUUAAAUUUAAACAACUUUUAAUUCCAUUUGUUUGGCAUUCCAGCCCUAAGUAUGUUUGCUGUCAUGCUGGGAAUGCCUGAAUUCCCACAGAAAUUAUAUGUCAUGUUAAAAACUGGCUCAACCAAAAUGUACUCCCAUUAGGGAUUCAUUGGAUUGCAACUAUUACAUGAAAGUAAGCCUCGUGGAUUUCAUUAGAAAUUAGUUUCAUGUAAGUAUGACAAAAACAGAUUGACAUCAAGCCCUUUCGUUUUGUUUGCCUGCAGAUUUUGCUAUCAGUGAAUAUUGAGAAGCUUAAAUACAGUAAAUUAUGCUACAACACUUUUUAAAUCUUUAAAUUAUGGGUUGAAAUGAAUGCAAUAACUCAUUUAGAAAAGAAGCAUUAAAUUCCAGGCCUCUAAUCAGAAUUGAUGAUGAUAUAAUAUGUGUAGUAUUUUGUCAGAUCGCUUUUUGCAGGUGUCCGGUUCUAGUUUAAUCCAUUACAGUGAUCACUGAACAAUAGGGACUACUUUGCUUGCUUUUCUUAUCCUAAAUGGUAACUAAGAAUAUCACAAUCUUUCAUUGUUUUUCAUAGUCAACAAACUUCAAGGCUAUAAUCGUGUGCACAUUUACAUUGGUACUCAGUUGAACUUGUUUCUAAGUAAGCAUGCAGCAGAACAGUCUGUAAGACACAUUGCACUCUUCUGUGUUCUAAAUUUAAAGCAUUUGUAUAAAUCUGCAGUGUCUGUUAAAAGGUCCCACACAAGAUUCUAGCCUCUGUUUUCUCAGAGUGAACCAACCUGCAAUCUCACUCAAAUGGUACUCACUUAAGAUACUAUCUUAACAAUUUAGCAAAUACUGUAUUGAAUAGUCUUUUCAUGAAGCCCAGGAUGAAGCGGUCUGUUGGAACAUAGUUUUCUUGGGAUGCAAUUUAAAAGAAUUUCAGAACUCAUAUUGCUGUUCCGUUUUAACAACAUAAUAUAAUAUUACAUAACUGAAUUUCAUUCUGUUUAGCAUUCCACAAGUCUUAACAGCCCAAUGCCUUGCAUGUUUACUCAGAAACCUCAUUGAAUUCAAUGGUGAUGAUUUCUUAUUACUGUGUAUAGGAUUGCAGCCUUCAACUAUAUUUCAUUUAUCUGUGAUAGUUGUUGUUUGGAGAUAAACAUCCUAAUUCUGUGUUUCAAAGUAUGUCCUGAUUUCAUCUGGGCUGAUUUGUUAGUAAAUGUGCUUGGGCCUACUGCUUAAUGCCAUCACUUCAUAGAUACAGCUAUUAAGCUUAAAUCUCACAGAACUGCCAACCUUUAUUGAGCUAUGUACCACAUCUGUCUCUGGAUAUCUGUAAAGGCACAAAGAAAUGAAUACAACCUUUCCAUCAAUGGGCAUUUUACUGUAAAAGAGAAUGACAAAUUUAUUUCACCAUUUGUUUAGCCUGCCCUCCUCAAGUUAAUUAACUGAGUUAAUUCAAAAUAAAGAAUUAUCGUUUUUAUAUAUUUUAAUAUUAUUUCAAUUAUUAACAUUUCAUUUCUAACAAACUGUAGAAUGGGAUUUCUAUUCAGUAAAAGGGAAGUCUAAAGAUGUCCAACAAAUUUGGCAUAAUUUUUAUGUACUUUUAUUCAAGAUUACAUUUUAAGUAACAUUGGACAAUACAAGUACUAGUUUUUUAAACAUCAGGUUAGAAUGAAUGAUUGUAAAUUAAUGUGUCAAAUAAUCUUUUGCGUUUCUGAAUAGUAAUUACGGCUAACAUUUUGAAGCAGUAGAAUAAGUUAUAUCUAACUACUGGUCUUUGUUAUGGUGUCAUUGUGAAUCAUCAAUUGGAUAGUCAUGUUUAAGUUAUAUUUAAAAUACCAAGAGUUGGAAAAUUGUCCUGUAAAUAAAACAUGAAUAUUUUAGAAUA